AUGCUAGACUGGUCGGCUCAGGCCACAGCCAAACUGAUGUGCCUGGGCGAGAGCAAUGCUCUGGAUGCGAGGGAGACAAAUCCUGUCAACCGGCAACAUGGCACCUCUCCAAGCAUGACGCUUGAGCGCAUCACUGAUGGCGACAUCACAAACGGGAGUCCUUCGAGCAGUUUGCGCCCGCCUGAAGCCAUGGCUUGCUCAUCACCAGAGAAGGGAACGGGUGGAAAAUGCAGGAGCAUCACCAUGCAACCAGGCUGCGUGGGCUUCGCCUUUCACAUGGAUCAGCCAGCAUUGAGGCAGCAGCACAAUCAUAGCGACAACACCUGCUUGUUUGGCAAUCGUAUAUUGUCAAUUUGGGGCCUCGAGGCGCCCCACAAUUGUAGACUGUGGUUGGUCGUACAGCGGAAGCGAAAUGAUAGCAUCUGGAUGGCAUCGGCAGCAAUGCAGGAGACUUGCACCAAGGGCAGGGACACAUAUCAUUGGUGCGCCCUACCCCAGAGCGGCGGGUAUUCUCAGCUGAAGGAUGGAAAGGAGGGCGUGGAUUGGAUCCACUGGCGUGGGAUCCAAUGUUCUAUGGUCGCACCCAGAACAAGCGGUGUAUUUUGCUGGGAUGCGCAUUUGCUCAAUCGAUAA